AUGGAUGGCGAUUCCGGUCCUGUAGGUCCUGAGGUUGCUUUGCUGUCUCGCUCAUCUUCAGACAUCACCGAACAGAUUCUUCGUUGCGAGUCCGACAUGACGCGAGCAGGCACUUUCAGAGCAUACUGGCUCGGCUGUAAUGAUUUUGGUUAUACCAAAAAGCAAGCAACUCGGAACAGUUCCUUGUCUGUCGGCCUCCAACAACUAGGCACUUUCCUCGCAUGUUUUGCUAUCUGGCCCAUCACGCAUCGAUAUGGCCGCAGAUGGGCGCUAGUCCUGUGUUCGACCAUCUUUGUCAUCGGAGCCAUCAUUCAAACCAUCAACACACAUUCCUUUAGUGCCUUCCUGGCAGCUCGAUUCAUCGCUGGCAUUGGUUUAGGCGGCAGCAGUGUUGUCGUGCCUAUGUUCUCGAGCGAGAUGGCCCCGAAGCAGCUGCGUGGUCAGAUUGGCAUCUUCACCUCGUACUGGAUCGACUACGGUGUAGGCAAAGGCAUCUCGACAAGCGAAUCAAAACAAUGGCAGAUCCCCAUCGGCAUUCAGAUACUUCCCGCCGCUCUCCUCGGUCUCGGGAUGUUCACUCUGAAGGAGUCCGUCCGCUGGCUGACUCUCAAAGGCCGUCACAAGGAAGCUUGGGAGUCUCUGCAAUGGAUCAGAGCAGACAGCGGACCCGAUGCUCAACUUGAAAUGGACGAGAUCCGCCUCGGGGUGGAAACAGAGCUACGCGAGAAAGAAGGCUUCCAGCUCAGCGAACUCUACACCAAGCCUGAAAACCUGAAGCGUACUGUUACUGCCGCUGUUGUGUUCAUCGCACAACAAUCUACAGGCGCGACUGCCUUCGCAACGUAUGGACCACAAUACUUCAAGCUUUUGGUAGGAAGCAAAGGUAAUAACGACCUCCUACUCACCGCUAUUUUCGGCGCCAUCAAGGUCGCCGCUUGCCUGACUUUCGUCAUCUUCGUCGCCGAGAGAGUAAACCGCAAGAUCGUCCUUACACUCGGAGCACUGGUCAUGGCCGCCUGCCAGAUCUCCACCGCCGCUGUUGUCAGAUCUAAGCCACCACCUGGUGACGCCACAGUAACAUCUUCUGGUAUAGCUACUGUGGCGCUCAUCUAUCUGUUUGUUAUCGCAUACAAUUUUUCGUUUGGACCCCUACCGUGGCCUUACGUGUCAGAAAUCUUUCCCACACGCAUCAGAGAGCCUGGUAUCGGUAUUGCUGUAUCCUCACAAUGGCUCUGGAACUUCGUUUACUCAAUAAGUACACCAUACAUGAUAAAAAACAUGGGCUGGGGCACCUUUUUAUUCUGGGGCAUCGCCGACCUUGCAAGUGCUGGAGGGACUUGGUUCUGGCUGGAAGAGACUAGAGGAAGAAGGUUGGAGGACAUCACACAUACGACUGACCGGGCUAAGAGCUUUGGCGAAGAUAUGAGGUAUGAGGGAGAUGAGGACAGGGAUAUCGGUAAGAAGCCUGGUGUUGAGAUUCGAUAG